AUCUGGAAGUUGCAAAGGGCUGCGAAAAUGUUAGCCUUAAAAGGAAACUUUGGUUUUCACAAUAUCAUCAACGUUUGCUUUGGAAUGGCUGCAGCUGGUCUAGAGAAAUGCUUUCCAAUGUUCAUCAGUCAAUCGCGUUCCAUGAGCUAAUUUCACGUACUUCCUUUUUGAAUAUGUUUGCUCACAGACCUAGGUUGUUCCAACUACUGAUGCCAUAUCAUCUGCAAAUUUUCUCAGUUCCGGAAAUUGAACAUCAGUUAGGGAGCUGUAAAAGCCGACAAGUUGUCUUUCUCUGUGCUUCUGUUUGCAAAAGUCAUUUGCCUGCACGUCAAUUAGCUCUAACUAUUGCAGCUGGAACUUCAUCAAGGUUACAAUCAUACGGAUUCCGGAACAGAAUAAUUUCACUCUAAUUCUGUCAACAUCUGAAAAUCUCUCCAAAAAAUGCCUUUUCAGUUCACGAACAAUUGCUCUCGGAAACUCGAGUAAGGCGUCUUCGGCGAUCCUAGCGAAAACUCCUUGAAACAGUUAAAGUGAGAAAGAUUUGCUCCUUCCAGUUGUGUUUCAAACAAUGAGAACUUUCGCCGAAAUCGUUUGAUUAUGCUGU